GGAUUAUCAGUUCAUAACCUAAAUUACAAAUUUUGAAUAUGUGUGAGUUGUUUGAAGCAACAAUGAUUUGAUUGGUUUCAUUAAUAUAAUUCGCAAGCAGUAUGAAAAUACAAUUGUCAAAUUUUUUAAACUAUUUUACGGAAAAUGGGAGAUAAAGAGCAGCAUGUACACUUCAGUGGUGGAAGUGGACUUGGAAAGGAUAACAAUAUUAUGGUACAGCCACAACGACAUGGCCAUAUUGAUGUUCAUCUAGGAUUUUUGCAAUUGCAUCACAGAUAUCACAUAGAAUUCUCAGUACCAUGGAAUAUGUGUAUUCAUCCAGAAGAACAAACAGCAGCUCCAGCAGUAAUCGCAGGAAAUUACAAUGCAAAUUGCCACGUUGUCGAUUUUACACAAGAAAAAGACGCUUUAAGGUUGAAGAUAGAGCUGUUGGCAUCUAAAGAAAAAAUACUAAAAGAGAAUGUUGAAGUGAUGUGUUGCUCGUCGGGUACACCAUUGAAAAUUGUAUUGAAUGCACGUGUUUUAGCAAAAGAUAAGGGUACACCAUUGUUGAGAAAUGGCAUACGUAGCAUUGGUAUCGAAGGAGCAGAUGAAGAUGAGAUUUCUGAAUAAAUCUGCUUAGUGUCGAGUUAUUUCUCAAUGAUAAAUAUUUAACCGUUAAGAAGUUCUACAUUGCAUUAAGAGUAUAGAAAAAUGAAUAAAGUCUCUACAACAUUUGAGAGUGGAGAGAGUAACGCGAUUGUGAAUUCUGUCAAUCAGUCAAUUACUGCAAAAUAAUUUACCUACUGUUACUGCUCUACAGAUGCACGAAAUGCGUAUCAAUCUUGCAUCAGCAAUGAUACCACUUAUCAUCUGCUAAGUGCUAAUGCUGAUACAUAUGCAAAUUGUAAGGAUCGAAUUCUCUUUUGUUAUUAUUUUAUAUUGAUUGUCAAUUUUCAAUGAAGCUUUCGCUAAAUGAACACAUUUAUAAAGGCA